AUGCCGGAACACGAUUCCAUGGUAACGGUUCGACUAUCGGAGCCGCCUUCCUUAUUAGUGAAUACGGACCUUCCGCCGAAUAUUUUACCUUUUAGAAGGAGCAUCUGGGGACAUGAAUGCACACCCACAAGUGCAACUGCACCGCCUUUGAAAGAGGAGGAAGUCGUGAGGGUAGAAGUGGAAGUCAAGACACCGGCGGACCCUCCUAAAAAUAUGUUGCAAGAGCUUCGAGAUACUUCGACUAUCCCCACUUCCAUCACAACUCCCACCACUACCAUUCAAGAAGAAGACGAACACGCAGAUGACCCAAUGGACGAAUCCGAUACGGAGGAGGUCAAUUGGGACCAAUUACAAAAGACAGAAGACGAAGAAGUUAAGGACCAAGACGAUAAUUCUACGGCGUUGUUACUUGCGCGACUCGAACAAGAGAAUAAUAAACUGGCUACGAAUCCGAAAAGUGUAAAGGUCAAGGUAGUCGAACAAACUCCAACCCGUCGACCAAGACCACCAUCGAUGGCACAAAUGCGAGAUAUGGUCAACGGGCCGACGCCCAUGGCCUUACGAUAUUCAGUCCUCCCUCCCCCGCCAAUGACCGAUCUCGAAUUUUAUAUGGCUCUUGUCAAAGACUACCAGCAAACUGCCGCUCGACUCCCGACUCUGUUGUCUAGGAAAAUCAGAAAGGGAGUCCCGCCGCCUCUGCGAGGAGUUGUUUGGCAAAGUAUGGCGGCUGCCCGCGAUAGUGAUCUUUUGGAACAGUUCGAUAGACUCAGUGGCGAGUCGAGUCCCUAUGAGGGUAUCAUCGGCAAGGAUCUGGGUAGAAGUUUUCCUGGUGUGGAUAUGUUCCGAGAUCCUGAGGGUGACGGACAGCGAAUGCUCGGAAGAGUUCUGAAAUGCUUCAGUCUAUACGACCAAAAGAUUGGAUAUUGCCAGGGACUUGCUUUCCUUGUUGGACCCUUAUUGAUGCAUAUGCCUGAUAGUCAGGCUUUCUGUGUCUUGGUUCGGUUGAUGGAAUAUUAUGAUCUACGAUCGUGCUUUUUACCCGACCUGUCAGGUUUACACGUUCGCAUCUAUCAAUUUCGAGAGUUACUUCGGCAGAAUCUCCCCAUCUUAUCGAACCAUUUGGACGAUCUUCAGGUCGAUCCGGCCUACGUUUCACAAUGGUUCCUCUCCUUUUUCGCCGUGACAUGUCCCCUACCCAUGUUGUUUCGUAUCUACGAUGUCAUUUUCGCCGAAGGCGCAUCGGAGACUAUCAUGCGGGUAGCCCUGUCACUUAUGCGAAAAAACGAGAGCCGCAUCUUGGCCUGUACCGAGCUUGAGGAUGUUAUGCAACUCCUUUUAUCUCGCGGGCUCUGGGAUUGUUAUCAUUACAAUGCCGAUGAAUUUGUGGAUGAUUUCGUUAGUCUAUCUAGUGUUGUAUCGAGAGAGAAAUUAGCCCAGCUCGAGCAGGGGUACCGCGAGGAAAAGAUCGCCAGUGCCAAUGCCGCCAGAACGGCCGAUGUUACCACAGCAGCCUCCCGCUUUUUGGGCCGUCUAUGGACUACAAGCACCUCACCGAGAUCAGGGACACUUUCUCCCGGUCUUACCGCACCGUUGAGACCGUUAAGCAUGUUGCGCCGAAGUGCAUCGAAACAGAGUCUCGCGUCGACGCUGAAUUCUAUGGAAGCCAGCUCCGCUAGCGUCCUUAGUUCUGUAUCCACCGACGCGACCACGCUUUCUCGCGAUUCCUCAUCCAACGCCGACGACUCGUCCAUCCGCGAGUCGACAACCGUCGUCGCGAAACAACAAUCAGCUCGCAAUGCUGCCGACAAGAACCUACAUACACAGAUUGAGGAUCUCCUCACUGCCCUCAGCGAACUACAACGAAGCCAUGCUCUAUUGGCCACGCAACUCCAACAGGAGAGAGAGGAAAGAGAUGAAGACAGGACUGUUGUCAAGUCAUUGUUGGAUGGAUUGAAAAAGAAAGCUGAAACUGCGCCGACCGAUACUACGGACGAUGACAGCAGCCCCGAUAACAACACGGAAAAUAAGGAAGGAGAAGAUACACCUACCGAAAAUAGGUUGUCUCAAUUGGUAUCAGUGGUCGAGGGCCGCUUCUGUCCCGAUGAGGGACAUAAGCGUCGGUCGUCUUCGGUACAUACCAAAGCACAACUUCGCGAUGAAUUAUCUAGGACAAAGGAACAUCUUAGAAUUGAGAUGUCUAAAUCCCUAGAUUUUAAUCGUCGCAUCGAUGACCUUGGGCAGGAAGCCAACACGUUGCGCGAACAACUCCGAGAGAGUCAUGCUCACGUUCGAAACCUACAUCAAGAUAAACAGCGCCUCGAAAGACAGGUCCACACUAUGCGUGUGCGAGCUUCGGCAGAGACGCCUGGAUCGACACCAGAACCUGGAGGUUGGUUCUCAUCGGGACCCAAUCUCACUGCUACCGGUGGUGGAGCCGGCAGCGGUCUGCGAGAAUUGAAACUCGGACGUAGCAAGUCGACUCCCAACACGCAGUCUGCUUUCGCCCACCGUAAUUCGUCGCUAGUCAGGACACAAACAGAACCAAUCACCUCGAGUGAGCAUGAUGCGCUUGUUCUCGAAUUAGUACAAGCCAAGACGGCCGAAGCUGUCGCUCGCCAGGAGGCGGACGAAUACAAGCAGAAACUGGAGAACCUAAGGAAAACCUAUGGGCUGGCUCCAGUGGAAACUCCUACCAACACGGUGACUUCAACUGCGAUGGGCAUGAUUGGACGAUUCACAUCAUCGGUAUCGGAAGCGGGCAACGGCACUAAGAAUGCCGCUCCUGCAGCUGCAUCGACCGCAUCCACACCUAAUGCUGGUAGUUUCUGGGGUUGGCGACGAUAG